AAGACACUACGUUCGCAAUCUAGGGUCCCCCAAUCCUUCCCCCCUAUUACUGAGCAAGAAUCCGGCUCAGAAGCGGAGGGUGAUCAAACUGAAUACGCGAUGGCAGAGGAAGAUAUGACAACCUCUGGCUCAGCACACGAUACUGGCAAGAUGCCAGAACGCGAGGAAUCCGAGGAUGGCACGCCCAGUCCUAUGCCGAUACCUACGCCGAAUCCUAACGGCAUGGUGACCAUGGCAGCAGCAGAUCUCAUUGCACUCUGCGAGCGACUGAUAUCAGCACGCGCGCCGCCACCUCCUCCACCUCCUCCACCACCUCCACCUCCUCCUAACCCUAUACCAGAAGAAGAUCCGAACAUGCUGGCUCGCGAAUACCAGAAGGAAGCGCAGGCCUCGUUGAACACAAAGUCCGUCACCACGUUCGAUGGCACCAACUACCAGACGUGGAAGAUGGCGUUCUUGUCGGAUGCAGAAGUGAUCGGUGGUGCAGAUAUUCUUAAUAAGAACCAACAGGAACCACCUGAAGGUUUAUCAUCGCUCGAUCAGCGAUAUUGGGUGAUACGUUCAAAACUUCUCUUCCGUCGCAUGUUGCAAUCCCUAGUAGGUUCUGUCCGUUUGACCAUGGGAUCCAUUCAACCCGACAACGCGGCGGCCCUAUGGAACAAGAAUUUACCCACUUGCAUGUCAAGGACGGUGAUUACCCUGGCAUACGUACGCCGAUAUCAAUACCUGUCUGCUCGCAUGCGACAACUAACGGAGGACCGUGGUGAGAACUACCUCCAUGAUUUCUUUAUUAUCGGCCUCCGAGAUUAUCAGAGGACCUAUGUUAAAUCACGCCUCGAUACGUUCUACGGGACGGGUCAGGGUCCGAUUGUCAACCUAGAUAUCAACGAUCUCACAAAACAAAUUGCUCACCGGAUGAGUAAAUCAGAGGGUACUGGACGCCCUAAAGCUCCAAAGGCCAACGCGGCCACCAAUGAUAAUGACAACACAACUUCCGCCGCAACCGCAAAGUGCGGAUACUGCAAGGUCCCAGGGCAUAUAAAGGCUAAUUGCUAUCAUCUGAACCCUGACAAAGCACCCGAGUGGUGGAGGAAAGAGAAUAAGGAUAAUAAGGGCACUGACAACACUGAAGAGUGCCAAAAAGAACGGAAAGGAUAA